UAUUAUGAUAGUUGGUAUGACCUCAGUACAGCGGCUUCUGUUGCUCAGUCAUGAGUGCAAUUAUUCCUGUUAGGGAUGCACCGAAUCCAAAAUUCUAAGUAACUAAGUAACUAAGAAAUUGCCACUGGCUUCUACUUGAAUCAUUCCAAUAGCAAGUUAUAUAUACACAAGUUGAUUGGGCAGAUUUUUUUCUCCCCCCUAUGACUGGCUGCCUGCUGUUACCUCUACUUUAAAUAUUUGUCUGUGCUGACUUCUACUCUCUAGUUACUUUUCUUUUGCCUGCAGCAUACACGGACCUUCUUCAAAUGGAAAAGCUACAAUCACCUGCGCAUGAAAGGAUAGAAGAGAAUCUAGACAAAAGAAAUAGCUUGCAUCCUGUCACCCUUUCAAAUAGGAUAAAUCUGACUUUACUAGAUAACAGAACUUCAGCACAACAGUUCCUCAAGCAGAAAAUCAGCAAUAACAUAGCACAGGGAAAUCAUGAUGCCUUUUAUAUUGCAGACCUUGGAGACAUAAUACAGAAACAUAGGCGGUUUUUGAAGGAGCUACCCCAAGUGAAGCCUUUCUAUGCAAUGAAGUGCAAUAGCACAAGGGAGGUGCUUCAAAUGAUGGCAACUCUUGGUACAGGAUUUGAUUGUGCGAGUAUGGGAGAAAUAGAAACCGUGCUUAAAAUGGGAAUACGAGCUGCUGAUAUUAUCUAUGCCAACCCUUGUAAGCAGGUAUCACACAUCAAAUAUGCUGCUGAGCAUGGAGUGUGCAGAAUGACAUUUGACUGUGAAGCUGAAUUGUUUAAGGUAGCAGCCUCUCAUCCAAAGGCCGAGAUGAUUCUCCGCAUUGCAACCAACGACAGAGACGCUUGGUGUCCCCUUAGUUUCAAAUACGGUGCUCUUCUGGAGGAAUGUGAGGAUCUUCUCAAGAAAGCAAAAAACUUCAAUAUCCAAGUAAUCGGAGUGAGUUUUCAUACUGGCUCUGGAUGCAAGAACACUUAUUCCUUUUGCAAAGCCAUUGAAGAUGCCAGAAAGGUAUUUGAUAUUGGGAAAAAGUUGGGAUAUCAGAUGCGACUCCUUGAUAUUGGAGGUGGUUUUCCUGGGGACUCUGAAUUCCGACCAACAUUUGAGGAGUUUGCAGAAGUCAUCCGUCAUUCUCUGAACCAGUACUUUCCUAAUAAUAUGGAUGUAGAGAUUAUUUCUGAACCGGGAAGAUAUUAUGUGGAAUCAGCUUUCACUAUUGCAUUGAAUAUUAUUACCAAGAAGGAGAUGUAUGAGAAAGGUGCAGAUGGAGAGAGGAGAAGGAAAUUCUUGUAUAUACUAAAUGAUGGGGUGUAUGGAAUGUUUCUUGAUUUUUGUUUAUUAAAAGAAAAACUAAAACGGAGGCCAAUAUUAAGAAAGAGGCAGCGGUUGCAGGCAAUUCAAGAACAAAAGAAGAAGCUGGAGAAGGAAGGAAAAUACAAGGCACCAGAUUUCAGCAAAGAUCACAGCAGCCCUUAAUCUGUUAACAUGCCAUUAACCUUGUUCAUUAGAGCACCAACAAGUUACACUGUGCUUUACAAUAAUUAUUCAUUCUAUGUUAUGAAUUCCAAUAUUCCCAAAAUUACAUUUUGCAAUUAUUAAAAUGGCCCAUUCUAGCCCUUGUGUUUCAGUAUUUGGGUGAUAAACAAAGACUUUUCAGUAUAUCAUUAUACCAAUCAUUUUUGUAUAAACAGGAUUUCUGCCUGCAUUAAUAAAAAAAAAAGGCCAUCAUAAAUAUGAUAGCCAAUGCUGUGCAACAUUUUACAGUCAAAAAUAUUGUUGGGGUUUUUUGUCAUUAGACUGCAGACCGUACAAUGUUAUUCUCAGCACAAAGAAACAAAGAAAACUAUAACAAUUCAAACUUCUAUUUAUUUGGUUCAUAGAUUACCAGCAUUAUUAAGUACUUCUAAAUUGUAAUACAGCUUCAUAAAAAAACAAUGGCAAGUUUGAGGCACAACUGUCCAGAGGUCCCUUGUAGCUAACUCUAUACUGCCUCCUGAGUUGAGCUUUGUACAGUGUGGUUAGUAGUACUGACCCAGUUUUAUGGGAUAUCUCCCACCCUAUUU